GGAGGCGGUGCCGGGCCGCGGGUCGGAGCGGGUGGAGUGUGAAUGUAGAGCAUAAACUUCUUCCUGUUGUCCCUCUAGAACACCUUUUUUUCCCCACAUAAUUCUGAGGGAAGAGCAGCUGGGGUUCCUGCAGUGCUGAAUAGUUGCUUGGAGAAGUGGUGAAUGAGUGAAGAUACGCUCUGUGAUGGUUCAAACGUGGGAGCUGCUGCAGGUGUGGUUGCUGCUGGCACUGCCCUGGGAAGAUGCCUUGAUAAGGAAUUAACACCCGUCAGUGAUGGGCUGUGGGACAAGCAAAGUGCUUCCCGAGCCCCCCAAAGACGUGCAGCUGGAUCUGGUUAAAAAAGUAGAACCUUACACGGGCCACAGUGACAUCUACAAGCAUUUCAUCAAAGAUGAUGGGGCUGUCAUCAAAGCUGGCUCUCCCUCACCCCCACGUCACACAAACCCGUUUCCUGGUAACCCCCUGCCUGCCCACCCAGCCCAGCCCGAGCCCCGCAAGAACAAAGUGGCCAAAUACCGUGCCAAAUUUGACCCACGAGUGACAGCCAAGUAUGACAUCAAAGCCCUGAUUGGAAGGGGCAGCUUUAGCCGAGUUGUGAGGGUGGAGCACAAAGCCACCAAGCAGCCCUACGCCAUCAAGAUGAUAGAGACCAAAUACAGGGAAGGGAGGGAGGUGUGCGAGUCGGAGCUGAGCGUGCUGCGCAGGGUUCGCCACACCAACAUCAUCCAGCUCAUAGAGGUGUUUGAGACCCAGGAUCGGGUGUACAUGGUGAUGGAGCUGGCUACUGGGGGAGAACUGUUUGACAGAAUCAUUGCCAAAGGUUCCUUCACGGAGAGGGACGCCACGCGCGUGCUGCAGAUGGUGCUUGACGGUGUGAGGUACCUGCACACCUUGGGUAUCACACACAGGGACUUAAAACCAGAAAACCUGCUUUACUACCAUCCCGGAACGGAUUCCAAAAUCAUGAUUACAGACUUUGGAUUGGCCAGUGCUCGAAAGAAAGGAGAUGACUGCCUGAUGAAAACCACCUGUGGGACGCCGGAGUACAUCGCUCCUGAGAUCCUGGUCAGGAAGCCCUACACCAACUCCGUGGACAUGUGGGCUCUGGGUGUCAUCUCCUACAUCCUCCUGAGUGGCACGAUGCCCUUUGAGGACGACAACCGCACGAGGUUGUACAGGCAGAUCCUGAAGGGGAAGUACAGCUACUCGGGCGAGCCCUGGCCCAGUGUAUCCAACCUGGCCAAGGAUUUCAUCGACCGCCUGCUCACGGUGGACCCCAGCGACAGGAUGACAGCCCUCCAGGCCCUGAAGCACCCCUGGGUGGUCAGCAUGGCAGCUUCCUCCUCCAUGAAGAACCUGCACCGUUCCAUCUCCCAAAACCUUCUCAAGAGAGCCUCCUCUCGCUGCCAGAGCACCAAGUCAGCACAGUCCACGCGUUCCAGCCGCUCCACCAAAUCCAACAAGUCACGGAGGGUUCGGGAGCGGGAGCUGCGAGAGCUCAACCUGCGCUACCAGCAGCAAUACACUGGCUGAGCACCAGGCUGGGACCUGCCCGAAGUCUUUCCAGACAUCUUCUCUGCAGUGUAGGUGUGCGGCACCCCUUUGCUGCAGGUUCCUCCCUCCCUUCUUUCAGGUGUGUUGUGUCCCUCCUCCCCACUGUGCGGAGGAAAAGGAACCUUGUGGUGGCACUUGUGGGCCAGCCGUGCCCACGCAGGGAUCGGAGCAGCUCUCGUUGGCUUAGAGCUCAGAGCCUUGAGUAACACCCAAAUUAAGGAGCUGCAAAUGAGGAGAAGAGCUCUUUCUGUAGCCCAGGAGCCCGGUUGUUCGUCGUUAUUUAUUAAUUCCACUCGCAUAUGGAAACAAAAUCACUUUGUGUGUGUGCACGUAGCACAUACACACGUGUGGGUGUGUGUUAUAUAUUUAACAAAUUUAUAUAUACACACAUUCUGAACUGGUUUAGUCACACUCUGUGGUGCCUUUGCAGUGAAGCUGUUGUGAGUCACAUGCAGUUAGAACCGAGAUAGCACUGACUCACAGCAUGCUGCCCAUCAGCUCCUCGUCCCAAUGCAGUGUCACGGAGAUGCCAGACAGCAGUUGUGAAUGCGACGGCCGUGAAGCUGUGAGGAUCCCCAAAGGGCUGCCUGCCAUCAGUGUGCUGACAUCAAGGGUUUGCUCACAUGAUGCAGAUUGGCAACCGAAACGAAACGCUGCCACCUCGGAGCUGGAGUCCCUUCCCAUUCAUCCUGACUGCAGGGCUGCUCCCCAGUGAGGGGCAGCGAGAGAAGGAUCGUCCUGCAGGAAUUUUGUGCUCCACAGAGAUGAAGGCAGUUUUUAGGGGUUCCCCUAUUUGUAGUAGGAGCAGCCUCUAACAUGCAGGGUUUGGUUUUGUUACCAUGACGUGGCUUACUGUAACCAACUGUGUUUCCAAUGCUUUGAUUGCUUUGGGGUGUCCCCUGCUAUUGCCAUCAGUUCUCUGGGGCAGGGAAAUGGUGGUGAGAGCUGGCGGGGUGACAACAAGAGGCUCCAUAGGGGUAGAGUAGGAGCUUGGCUAGCAGAAGCCCAGUCCUGAAAUGACAGCAGAGAGAUGAGCAGAAACCACCGAGCUGUUAGAUACAGCUUACAUCCACCAGCAAAAAGUGGGCUGUCAGUUCUAUUGAGCUGAAAAAAGGAAAUUUCUAGGGAUGUGCUUUCCACCCCAGUGCUAGGAAUCUGACUACUUCACUUACCUUUUGUUCCCAAGCUCAUGGUGAGGAAUAUGACAGAGGAUACUUAAGGAUGAUGGUCUCAGACACUUGCAGGGGUGAAUUCCAAACCCUUUCUAUGCGUUUGCACGUUACGUUGGAAGCUCUGCAUCCCUUGGGGGCUGCUCUGUCCUGAGUGCCCAUCCUUCCAUCAGCAUUAACUGCUGUUGCAGAAUUACUAGCUGUUUUUACUUUAGCUUUGUGGGCUAUGGAGGGAAAAUAAAAGAAAGGUUCCUUCAGCUUCUUUUCCCUUUUAUUGUAGUCUUUCCUGGUUCAUUACCAGGAAUGAUCAACUAGACAGUUUCUGAGAAAACAGGCAGCUUGCCACGUGCUGCUUCAUUAGCAGCUCAGUGCUCCUUGUAUUCCUGCAAACAGCUCUUCAAAAGCAGCAAGUACUUCAAGGCAGGUAUUAACUGGAAAAGUGCUCUUCCCCUUCACAUGAGGAGCUGGUCAGAUGCUUUCUCAGAGGGCUUCUGGUUAUGAGCCAUUACUUGAAGGAGUCUUCUGCUUGUUUGGAGCAUCGCAGCCAGGCACUGUGACCUUUUAUGUCCACUUUGGUGCUUUUAUAGCCCUCCCCAGAUUAUCUUGCAUGCUUACCCUUAAAGCAGGUCUUUUACCUAUGCAAGAAAGUCAAACUGAUGGACUGAGCCAAGACCCCUAGAAUCUGAGACCCUUUCCUUUAAGCACUGGGCCACUGACAUGCCCAGAUUUGUUUGUACCUACCUUGUCCCUGCGUGCUUCACGUGGUUGCAGUAGGAGUGCAGGAGGUUGAGCUCUGGUCUGACCAAGCUCUCCUUCAUUCAGCAGAGCAACAGUCUUCAGAUCUGUGGCUUAAAACAGCCUUUCAGCCUUGCAGCUGUGGCAUGUUUUCAGCUAGGGGACAGGCAAUGUGCCACCAGUUCAGGUGCCUUCACUUCAGCCUGUCCUUUGAGGAGCUUUCACUGUGAAUGAUCUUGCUCGUCUUCACCUGUAUUCUGCAGGGGCAUCUCAGCUCUCCAUUCAUCUGGUAUCUCAGGACUUUCCCCUUUUCAGAAGUGCCUUUGCCUGAGGAUAUUAGAAGUUAAAAUCUAUGAUGCUUUAUUGUUUUGUUUCAUGUGUGUUUUUUUUUUUCCCCAUUUCCUUCUUUGGCUCUUAGUAGUGGUUCUUAAUUUGGGUGACAAAUUCACUGCUGUGUCCUUGGGGUGCAAACCUCAGUGGAGGAGUGCUGUUGUUGCCUGUACUUGGUUAAUAGGGUGAAAAUGAAACUGGAAGGACAUCUAGUGGCUAACUGCACUGUGUCCUCAUCCAGAUGCAGUUGUAGGGGGUGAAGGAAGCAUUGUACAUUUGUCUUUUGGAACUUAGCACUACUGUGUAAAGCCAAUCCUAUCGUUCUGCCCUGGAAGUUUCCCUGCUCUGCUGGGGAGAUGGAUACAGCCUCAGAGAGCUGCCAGCUGAUUCCUUCGUGUUGUGAAGGGAAAGGAAUGUGAAAAGGUCUUCCAGACUAAAUGUUAAUAGUCUACAGACUGUUCAGCUUUGCAUCCAGAUUUCUGUGUGUGUGUGAUGUAUUUUCCUACGUAUUUUGCUAAAAAGCAAUUGCUUGUCCAGUUGUGAUUCGCUUCUUACUCUCUCAGGCCUUUACAAACAUCAGCCCAGAGACAGCAGAUCCCCUCUCUCCUUCAGUCCAGGAGCAGCCUGUGCUGCUUAGCACUGAGAUUGCAGCAGCACCCAGUUGCUCCUGCCUGUUUGAAGGGCUCUGCCUUGCUGACAUGAAACUGAUGGCAUGGAGCCUGCGUUACCUGUUUGUUUGGGGAAUGAGAGAGCCUCAAACUUAGCUGCUUUGGAAUUUGGAUAUUUUCACAGAAUCACAGAAGCAUUAAAGUUGGAAAAGACCUCUCAGAUCCCCAAGUCCAACCCCACGGUGCCCACGUCCCUCAUUGCCACAUCCCUAUGGCUCUGGGACACCCACAGGGACAGUGACUGCCCUACCUCCCUGUGCAGCUGUGUCAGUGCCUCACCACUCCUUUUGAGCAGAAUUUGUUCCUAAUAUCCAACCUGAUAUUUAGUCCUUCCUUUAGUUCAGAUAUUUUCUUCUCUGGUGAUUUAAAUUUUCUCAUGCUCUGCUAUGUUUUUCAAUCCUGUUUUCUAGCAGAGCCAUAGCGUUAGCCUGGAGAGCAUGAGUUGUGGUCAGCUGUGCUGUGCAGCAUCUCUGGGUGGAGCUCCCUGCGAGCUGUGAUGAGUUGUGAAGCGAUGUGGAAGCCAACAUGUGGUGCUUUGCAGGUGGGAGCACUCCCAUUGAGAUCCCUGGUGUGUGGGGCCAACAUUGGCUUUCACCUUGGUUAUGCCAGUUCUCUGUGGGCAGAGUAUCACAGAAUCACAGAAUGGCUAGGGUUGGAAGGGACCUUGAGGAUCAUGAAGCUCCAACCCCCUGCCACACG